GGGAGCUUCAGAUCAGAAGAAAGAAAGAAGGAAAGAAAGAAGAGGAAAGAGUGAAGAUUUGAGAAGAUGAAGCUGCUGGGAUGGUGGUUAAUGCUAGUGGGAACGCUCAGAUUAGCUUCGGUUUGGUUUGGGUUCUUCGAUAUUUGGGCUCUCCGUCUUGCUGUCUUCUCAAACACCACAAUGAGUGAAGCUCAUGGGAGGACAUUUGGAGUGUGGACGUUGUUGACUUGCACGCUUUGUUACCUGUGUGCCUUGAACCUUGACAACCGGCCAUUGUAUUUGGCGACUUUCUUGUCUUUCAUCUAUGCCUUUGGCCAUUUCCUCUCCGAGUUUCUGAUCUAUCACACUAUGGAAUUAAGAAAUCUUAUAACAGUUGGCAUCUUUGCAGGAACAUCUAUCGUAUGGAUGCUAUUGCAAUGGAAUUCACAUCAACGCGUGAAGGCUAAGAACUCUUGAAAUCCGAAGGGGGUGGGAUUGGCCCUUUUGUUUUGAAGGUUUUAGAAAAGCCGGUGCUUUGAAAUCCGAUUUGUGGGAUUACGUUGUUGGUUAAUGUUAUUGUGCUUUGAAGUGUGAUUCUGGCUCUUGCAAUUUCAGUUAACAUCUGGAAGUGAACAGGAGAUUUGUUUGAGCAAGUUUUGUUGAUUCUUGAAGCAUUUGACUUUCUGGGAAAUAAAUUUAAGGUUUUGGU